AUGAGAGGGACCACCAAAAACGGAGUCAAGUCGCCAUUUAGCAUCUUCCAAACCUACUGGCUUGCCCGUGUCUAUCUGGACCCAGCGGCCGUCGUAGAAGACGACGUGGCCGAGGGCGACGAGCAUCGCGAGCAGCCGGUUGAGAAUAUGGCUGGCCGAGGCGCGCCCGACGGGUCUUCCUGCGCGGACCUGGUGCAGACGUACCCGUGCCGCGAGCAGCAGAUCCGGACGCUGGCCACGCUUCUCGACCCGGCCGCCGCGCCAUGUGGAAACAUCGUCGUGCACGGCACCGAGGCGACCGGCAAGAGCGUCGUGACGGCGGCCGUGCUGCGGCAGCUGGCAGCGGCUGGCCGUCGGGGCGAAGGAGCGAGUGACGACGGGGACGACGGGGAUGAAGUGCGGCACCGGCGCAUCGGCUAUGCCGUCGUCCACGCGACCGAGUGUGUCACCAGCCGCCAUCUGUUUGAGCGCACGGUGGCGCGUACGGCAGAGGCACUGCGCUGGCAGGCGCCCGUGGCCCGGCGCUGCGAGACGCUCGCCCAGCUGGCCGUCGAGCUGUCCAAGAUGCUUCGGUACGCCGACUAUCCGGCCGGCUGGCGCUUCGUCCUCGUCCUCGACGCCAUCGACCGUCAGCGCGAGGCACCGGCCACCCUGCUGGCCGGUCUGGCGCGUCUCUCCGAGAUGAUCCCUCGUCUCACCACCGUCUUCAUCGUCACCUUUCCGGCCCCGUCGCUGUUGCGCGCCAGCUUUGUCCCCCACGUCCACUUCCACAACUACACCAAGCCCGAGUUUGUCGAGCUGCUCGGCCGCACCCCGCCACCGCCGCUCGCCAACGCAUCGCCGCAGGACACCGCCGACCUCUGGCUGCGCUUCUGCGGCGCCGUCCACGACGCCCUCACCCGCACCGCCGGCCGCACCCUGCCGGCUUUUUCCGAGGCCUGCGCCGCCCUGUGGCCACGGUUCAGCGCACCCGUGGCCGCCGGCACCCACGGCGCGCGCGAGUUCUCCAAGCUGUUGAUUGCUGCGCGCAUCCACUUUCAGGACGAGUCGAUUGUCGAUCCUGGGCUAGUGCCCUCCACCCGUGACCUCUCCUCCCUCCUCCCCACCACGGCCAAGCUCUUCCUCCUGUGUGCCUACCUGGCCUCACACAACAGCGCCAAGCACGACCUGACACUCUUUUCGACCUUUAACCACGGCCGCAAGCGGCGGCGUGGUGGUGGCUUCGCCGGCAGCCGCCAGGGUCCCCGCACUAAGCACCGCAAGAUUGCGCGCAAGCUGCUGGGCGCCCACGCCUUUGGGCUGGAGCGCAUGCUGGCCAUCUUUGCGGCCGUACGCAGCGAGUGGACCCGGGCGCCGCCACUGGCUGCCGCUGGCCGCAACUCGGCUGCUGCCAUCGUCGACGGCGACGUCGGCAUGGCCAUUGCCACGCUGGCCAGCCUGCGGCUGCUGCUGCGUGUUGGCGGUGCCGGAAACGACCCCAUGGACCGUGCCGGAAAAUGGCGCGUCAAUGUAGGCUGGGAGGUUGUGCGCAGCCUCGGGCGCAGCAUGGGCAUCGAGAUGGAGGACUGGCUGGUCGAUUGA